UAAUGAAAAGAGCAUCUUAAAUACAAAUAUAGAAGGAAGCUAUUGUAUUCUCUUCUGAUGAUUCAAUGAAUAGUGAUAAUUCCUUCAAUUCAAGUAUUGAAGAGGAAGAAGCUGAAACUGAUACAAACACUAUUUUCCAUCUUAAAGAGCAAAUGGCAUAAUUUUUUACAGAAAAUCCAGGAUUACAAGAAGCCAUAAAAUUUGAAUAAGAAGAGAAAGAUGAAGGUAAUACUGAAAAAAAUGAAUAAAAUAAACAUAAGUAAACUUAAUGGAUUUAUUUAUAGACAAACUUUAAUUUCUAAAUCAGAGUAACAGUAAUUUGUACAUGGUUGGAAAUUACUUGGAAAGGAUGUUAUAAGAAACAGUUAAGGAGGGCAAACUUUACCAACAUUAGAAACCAUUAAUCAUAGACUUAAUAUAUUCAAAUAGAAGGUUGAUAAAGUAGAUUAUUUGGAAAUUUUGUAAAGAGAAACAUAAUAACAAUAAUAGAAGUAAGAGGAAUAAGUAUAAGUUAAACAAGAUACUAAAUAAUAACCAAGAUCAUAAUCAGAGAAUCCUAAUAAGAAUGAUAAUGAGGAAUAGAAAUUAGAGGAAGAAUAAGAUAUAACUUAUUUCAGUUUUAAAAAAAAAAUGCAAUUGGCUUUACAUAAAAGAUAAUAAUUAUAAAGAGAGGAAGAAGAAAGGAAAUAAAAAUAAUAAAAGGAGAAAUAGAGGAAAGUAAAUGAGGCUGAUUAACUUGCAAAUGAUGCACCUAAUUAAUAAACAUAAAAUAUUUUGGUUGGAUCUAAAAUGGAAUUUUAAACUCAUGUUGGUUAAAUGCUUUAUUAAACAUAUCUCUAAACUGGAGGAGAUAAAGAGAGUUUUAAAAAAAUGGCUGCCAUUUUCCUUAAAAAUUAUCAUAAAAAGCAAAAAGAAAAUUUAGAUAAAUUAAAAGUAUACUACUAAUUGAUAAAUCCAAUUAGGUAUUCCCUCCUGCAAUUCCAAAAUUUACAUCAGAAGAUUGCAAACAUUUAAAUUUACUAUUACCAGAUUUCUCUACUCAAUUAUAUGCUCCAAACAAAUAAAAUUUAUUUUAAGGAGUUGAGAAUUAUAAAUUUCCAGCCAAUAGUCCAGAAUAAGAAUUCAUAAAUUUAGUUGAUUAGAUUAUGUCAGGAAAAGUAAUGUAAUUUUGGAAAGAAAUGCAUUAACAAUGA